AAAUAUUUCUUCCUAAAGAAACUUAACGAAAAAUAUUAGUGUUUGAAGUGAGUAUUUCAAAAGAUAUAAACAAAAUACUUUUUGACAUCUUAAAAUGAGGUUAGAAUCCAAAUUUGAACCAAUAUUCGUUUUCUUUUGGAUUAUUUUAGUCAGACAAACGUAAAAAUAGUUGAAAGUAUGAAAAAUAAGUUUAUUUGAUGCAAAAAAUCAUCAUGCGGUUCCGAUUUGUUGUUAAAUAAUUUCCAUUAUAGUGGAAUGAUUAAAAAGAAACAUACCUUUAUAUAAAAAAUCGUAUAUCAAAAAGUAAUUGAAAUUUUGAAAUAAUAUUAAAAGAAAACAUUCUUGAAGGAUGAAUCUUUAAGGAAAAAAAUCAACAGUUUCGAAAUAUAAAUCCAUUACUGAGUUAUGGAGCAUUAAAGUUGGGGUAUUAAAAAGCAAAAAAAAUUAAUAUCAUAAUAAAUGGUAUUUGAAAUGUGGAAAUUUCACAAAAUAUGAAAUAUUUCUUUCUAAAUAAACUUAUAAUAAAUAUUAACUUCUUGGAAAACAUUAAAACCAUGAAAAAACACUCGAGAUCAUCUUGUGGUUCCUAUUUUUUCGAUAGAAUUAGUUUAAAAAAUUUUAUAUUAUAAAGUAAUGAAAGUAUCGAACAAAAUUAUGGAAAUAUGAUCUUAAAGGAUGAAUCUUUAAGGACAAAAAUUAACAGUUUCAAAUAUAAACUCAUUUUUGAGUUACGGAGAGCUAAAGUUGAAAAAUUGAAUUAAAAAAAUUUUGAAAAUCCCCAUUAUGAUAAAUAAUCGUAUUGGAGAUUUAAAAAAUUCGAAACUUGUGAAAAUUAUUUCUUCGUAAUUAAACGUAUAAUAAUAAUAAAAUUACUUGUUUACAAUUUAUAAGGAAAAUAAUCGACUCACGUUGUUGUUAAUGCUUAUAAUAAUAGUCGAUAUCAUCUUAAUAGACUAGAGACCUUGAAUAUUGAGAUUUUUUAUUACAAACUAGUAUUGAACACGAAAAAAUUUUUCAAAUCUAACAAUUUGUACGAGAUAUCAACAAACACACGUUACCAAUAAUGAUUCCAUCUACAACAAAUUAUUUGCUUCUUUUUUCUUUUAUGAUAAUCUUUGAAAUAGAAGCAGACGAUGACAAAAAAGGACUUAAAAUUGGUUGCGGCUACAGAAACAAAUACGGAGCAGGACACCAAUUAUCUGGUGCUCGAGAUGGCGAAGCCCAAUUCGGCGAAUUUCCUUGGAUGUUGGCUUUAUUCGAAGUGGAUAAUAGAAAACGGGAGAAAUACAGAUGCGGGGCGUCUCUAAUUCAUCCUCAAGUAGCAUUGACAACUGCGCAUUGUACCGAAACCAAAAUUUCCGAUAAUAAAUUCAAAGUGAGAGCUGGUGCUUGGGAUAUGGAGCUUCUAGUAGAAAUCCUACCUUAUCAAGAUGUCGAGGUAGAUGACGUAAUAAUUCACCCUAAAUACUUACCACAAGCUUUAUAUAAUGAUAUAGCGAUACUAAUAUUAAAAUCGCCGUUGGAAUUGGACGAACACGUUAAUACAGUUUGUCUCCCUCCUCAAAAUUUCGUCGCGGUAGAUUCCGGCAGGGGUUAUUCGAUGGGAUGGGGUAGAAUCGAUAAGAAUUCGAAUGAAACCGCCGUUUUACUUAAAAAAAUCGAUUUGCCGUCGAUUCCGAGGGAAAAUUGCGAGCGGAUGCUUCGAAAAACUCGUUUCGGACCGUCUUAUCGAAUGCACGAAAGUUUUUUGUGCGCUGGGGGUGAAAAGGGGAAAGAUACGUGUAGAGGAGACGGCGGUAGUCCUUUGGUGUUCCCCGUAGGAGAAGAUCCUGAUAGAUAUUAUCAAGCUGGAAUCGUUGCUUGGGGAAUCGAUUGUUGGGAGGAACAUAUUCCUGGUGUUUACGUCAACGUGGCUAAAUUUAGGAAUUGGAUCGAUGAGCAAUUAACGAAGAGAAGUUUCGAUGUUAAUACGUAUCGAUAUCAAAACAUGAAACUGAUCUUAACCUUAUUAUCGUUGGGGUUAUUAGUUCAUGGGCAAGAAAUAAACGAAGAAGAAAGAAAAAUUUUACAACAAAUUUUCACUUCCACCGAAACGAAUAACAAUGAUUUUAAUAUGCCAGGAUUCGAGGAAGUGCCUCAAACGAAAACCGAAAGUUAUGGAGCUUUCGAAAAAUGCGGGGAAGGUAAAACGAGAGGGAUCAAAAGAUGUGUGCAAUAUCACGAAUGCGACGGAAAAACUAAUACCAUAGUGCAAUCGGGCGUUACUGAUGGUUUCGGAAUUAUUGAUAUCAGAUUUGGUGGAAACAGAGAAUGCGAACACACUUUGGACGUUUGUUGUAAAAUAUCGGUGGGUAAUGUUAAUAAUAAUGAUAGUGACAUUGAUAACGGUAAUGAAAAUAACGGCACUAACAACACUAACGACAUCGAUAAUGGUGAUAAUAAUACUCAAACCACCCCGAUUGUGGAUCAACCCAGUUUUUGCGGUAUCCGAAAUCCCAACGGAAUCGAUUUUAAAAUAACCGGAAAUACUAACGAAGCUGAAUACGGAGAAUUUCCUUGGGCUGUUGCUAUUUUAAAUUAUCAAGCCGUAUCGCAAAAUGAUAACUCACCUCUCGUAUGUGGAGGUUCUUUGAUCACACCGAAUGUCGUUCUAACUGGAGCCCAUUGCGUCUACAAAUAUAAAAUAUACGAUCUGAUAGUUAGAGCCGGUGAAUGGGAUACUCAAACUGAAAAAGAGAGGUUGCCUUAUCAGGAAAGGUCGGUUAGGAAAGUAAUUUCCCAUCCCGAUUUCAAUCCCGGUAAUCUUUACAACGAUUUCGCUCUUCUUGUAUUGAACGACCCUAUAAAAAAAGCUAAGAACGUCGGUACUAUUUGUCUGCCGCCCCAGGGGACGGUAAUCAACGAAAAAAAAUGUUACGUCAGCGGUUGGGGGAAAACUGUUUUCGGAAAGGUGGGGGUGCGUCAAGCUAUACUCAAAAAAAUAGAGUUGCCCACGAUAGAACGUCGAAAAUGUCAAGACACUUUGAGAACGACUCGGUUGGGCUCUAAAUUUGAGCUUCACGGUAGUUUUAUUUGCGCCGGGGGAGAGCAAGGCAAAGACGCUUGCACUGGCGACGGCGGUAGUCCUUUAGUGUGUCCUGAUCCUUCGAAUCCCGAAAGGUACGUUCAAGCUGGAAUAGUGGCUUGGGGGAUAGGAUGCGGUACACUCAAUAUACCGGGUGUGUACGCCGACGUUGCCAAAUCUAGAUCUUGGAUAGAUCAAGAAUUGCGAAGGCUAAAUAUUAGCGACGAUGCUUAUACCAAAUAAUCGAAAUAAUUA